AUGUCUGCUGAACCUUCCGCCCCCGACGUGACAAUGGGUUCGCCGCAGCCUCCUCCCUCGGACGGCCAAGAGCCAAAGUACGGCGGCUUCAGCCGCUUCGAAAUCGAGCUCGAGGGGUCACCCCUGGCCGCUGACUCUGGGCCACGCCAGUUUGUCCAAUCCCUCGCCAACCCCUUCUACCUCAAUCACCUGGCCGCGCAGAAGUUCCUCUCCCAGCCCGCCUUCAUCGCUUACCUCGACUACCUGCAAUACUGGUCGCGCCCUCCGUACCUGCGAUACCUGACCUACCCGGGUCCCACGCUACGACAUCUCGAGCUGCUACAGCAGGAGCGGUUCCGGCAAGACAUCAUCAGUCCCGAUCUGGUGCAGAAGCUGGUGGAGGACGAGAUGCGCGCGGCUGUAGAAUGGCACCAGGAGGCAUAG